GCAAGAAGCUGUACUGGACAGACUCAGAGACCAACCGCAUCGAAGUGGCCAACCUCAAUGGAACAUCCCGCAAGGUUCUCUUCUGGCAGGACCUGGACCAGCCAAGGGCCAUUGCCCUGGAUCCUGCACAUGGGUACAUGUACUGGACUGACUGGGGGGAAGCACCCCGGAUCGAGCGGGCAGGGAUGGAUGGCAGUACCCGGAAGAUCAUUGUAGACUCUGACAUUUACUGGCCUAAUGGACUAACCAUUGACCUGGAGGAGCAAAAGCUGUAUUGGGCAGAUGCCAAGCUCAGCUUCAUCCACCGUGCCAACCUGGAUGGUUCCUUUCGGCAGAAGGUGGUGGAGGGCAGCCUCACUCACCCCUUUGCCCUGACACUCUCAGGGGAUACACUCUACUGGACGGACUGGCAGACUCGCUCUAUCCAUGCCUGCAAUAAGUGGACAGGGGAGAAGAGGAAGGAGAUCCUCAGUGCCCUCUAUUCACCCAUGGACAUUCAGGUGCUGAGCCAGGAGCGGCAGCCUCCCUUCCACACUCGAUGUGAGGAGGACAAUGGUGGAUGCUCCCACCUGUGCCUGCUGUCCCCGAGGGAACCUUUCUACUCGUGUGCCUGCCCUACUGGUGUGCAGUUGCAAGACAAUGGCAAGACGUGUAAGGCAGGGGCUGAGGAAGUGCUGCUGCUGGCCCGGAGGACAGACCUGAGAAGGAUUUCUCUGGACACACCUGACUUCACGGACAUAGUGCUGCAGGUGGGCGACAUCCGUCAUGCCAUUGCCAUCGACUAUGACCCGCUGGAGGGCUACGUGUACUGGACAGAUGAUGAGGUGCGGGCUAUCCGCAGGGCGUAUCUGGAUGGGUCAGGCGCACAGACACUUGUGAACACAGAGAUCAAUGACCCCGAUGGCAUUGCUGUGGACUGGGUCGCCCGGAACCUCUACUGGACAGAUACAGGCACUGACCGGAUUGAGGUGACUCGCCUCAAUGGCACCUCCCGAAAGAUCCUGGUAUCUGAGGACCUGGAUGAACCUCGGGCCAUUGUGUUGCACCCUGUGAUGGGCCUUAUGUACUGGACAGAUUGGGGUGAGAACCCCAAAAUUGAGUGUGCCAACCUGGAUGGGCGAGAUCGGCAUGUCCUGGUGAACACCUCCCUUGGGUGGCCCAAUGGACUGGCUUUGGAUCUGCAGGAGGGCAAGCUGUAUUGGGGGGAUGCCAAGACUGAUAAAAUCGAGGUGAUCAACAUAGAUGGGACAAAGCGGCGGACCCUGCUAGAGGACAAGCUCCCACACAUUUUUGGGUUCACAUUGCUGGGGGACUUCAUCUACUGGACCGACUGGCAGCGACGCAGUAUUGAGAGGGUACACAAGGUCAAGGCCAGCCGGGAUGUCAUCAUCGAUCAGUUGCCUGACCUGAUGGGGCUCAAAGCGGUGAAUGUGGCCAAGGUUGUCGGAACCAACCCAUGUGCGGACGGGAACGGAGGUGCAGCCACCUAUGCUUCUUCACCCCUCAUGCCACCAAGUGCGGCUGCCCCAUUGGCCUGGAGCUGUUGAGUGACAUGAAGACCUGCAUUAUCCCUGAGGCCUUCCUGGUGUUCACCAGCAGAGCCACCAUCCACAGGAUUUCCCUGGAGACGAACAACAACGAUGUGGCCAUCCCACUCACAGGUGUCAAAGAGGCCUCUGCACUG